UCCGCUAAUUACAAAGCAAAAGCAAAGCAAUCCAUUUUGGCAAAUUGACUUCGUAAUGCAAGAGUUUAUUGUGGUUUAAUAUCUUUAGAAUUUACCUUGUGAUUGUGAUUGUUGACCAUGGGAAAAAACUAAAGCUUUUCGUUAAAUUUAAAGUGUUUACUUGUGCGGCUUUAUUUCAUGAAUGUGUAGUGUAGUGCACUUGAAAUAUGAUAACAAAAAUGCAACCACAAGCGAAUGUUGCCGUGCCACAAUCUGUCACGACGCAGUCUCAACAAAUCGUCGGCGUUACAGCAAAUGCGGUGAUAUUGAAAAUGUCGGAAAUCCAACAGCUAUCCACCGUUGGUUUGUUGGAACUUGCGCACCGUGAAUACCAGGCUGGUGAUUAUGAUAGUGCGGAAUUGCAUUGUAUGCAGCUAUGGCGUCAGGAUGGCACGAACACGGGUGUUUUGCUGCUGCUCUCGUCUAUACACUUCCAAUGUCGGAGGCUAGACAAGUCUGCGCAUUUCUCCACGCUCGCAAUCAAACAGAACCCCCUGCUGGCUGAGGCGUACAGUAACUUGGGUAAUGUAUACAAAGAGCGCGGUCAGCUGCAAGAGGCCCUGGAGAACUACCGCCAUGCUGUGAGGCUAAAGCCCGACUUCAUUGAUGGCUACAUUAACCUGGCAGCUGCUCUGGUGGCUGCCGGUGAUAUGGAGCAGGCCGUGCAGGCCUAUGUGACUGCAUUGCAGUAUAACCCUGACCUUUACUGCGUUCGAAGUGACUUGGGCAAUUUGCUCAAGGCCCUAGGACGCUUGGACGAGGCUAAGGCUUGUUACUUGAAGGCCAUCGAAACGAGGCCGGACUUUGCAGUGGCAUGGAGUAACUUGGGAUGCGUUUUUAACGCCCAAAGUGAGAUCUGGUUGGCCAUCCACCAUUUUGAAAAGGCCGUGGCAUUGGAUCCCAAUUUCUUGGAUGCAUACAUCAAUCUCGGAAAUGUUUUGAAAGAAGCCAGAAUUUUCGACAGGGCGGUGGCAGCAUAUUUGCGCGCAUUGAAUUUGUCACCCAACAAUGCCGUCGUUCACGGCAACUUGGCUUGCGUAUAUUACGAGCAAGGCCUCAUUGACCUGGCUAUUGACACAUACAGACGAGCGAUCGAGCUCCAACCAAAUUUCCCGGACGCGUAUUGCAACUUAGCUAAUGCUCUCAAGGAAAAGGGCCAAGUUACGGAUGCGGAAGAAUGUUACAACACCGCUUUAAGACUGUGCCCGUCGCACGCAGAUUCUUUGAACAAUCUAGCGAACAUCAAACGGGAGCAAGGUUACAUAGAAGAGGCCACUCGUCUCUACCUGAAAGCAUUAGAGGUGUUCCCCGAGUUUGCCGCAGCGCACAGCAACUUGGCUUCCGUUUUGCAACAGCAAGGAAAACUGAACGAGGCGCUCAUGCAUUACAAAGAGGCGAUACGUAUUCAGCCAACUUUCGCGGACGCUUACAGCAAUAUGGGUAACACCCUCAAAGAGAUGCAAGACGUGGCCGGUGCCUUGCAAUGCUACACCAGAGCGAUCCAAAUAAACCCAGCGUUCGCCGACGCACACAGCAACCUCGCCAGCAUCCACAAGGAUUCUGGGAAUAUUCCAGAAGCGAUCCAAUCGUACAGAACUGCGUUGAAGUUGAAGCCAGACUUCCCCGAUGCGUAUUGCAAUUUGGCGCACUGCUUGCAAAUUGUAUGCGAUUGGACCGAUUACGAGGCACGUAUGAAGAAACUGGUCAGCAUUGUGGCUGAGCAAUUGGAGAAGAACAGACUCCCGUCGGUGCAUCCUCACCAUUCGAUGUUGUAUCCGUUGACGCACGAGUACAGAAAGGCGAUCGCCGCGCGGCACGCUAAUUUGUGCCUCGAGAAGGUGCAAGUCCUUCACAAGCCGCUGUAUAAGUUCCCCAGGGAGUUGAUGGUCCGUUUGCGCGUUGGUUACGUGAGCAGCGACUUCGGAAACCAUCCGACGUCCCAUUUGAUGCAGUCCGUACCUGGACUACACGAUCGUGCGAAAGUGGAGAUCUUCUGUUACGCCUUGAGCCCGGACGACGGCACGACUUUCCGCUCCAAAAUCGCCCGUGAAGCGGAACACUUCAUCGAUUUGUCCCAAGUUCCUUGCAAUGGAAAGGCGGCUGACAAAAUCCACGCGGACGGAAUACAAAUAUUAGUCAACAUGAAUGGUUACACUAAGGGUGCGCGGAAUGAGAUAUUUGCGUUGAGGCCGGCUCCCGUCCAAGUGAUGUGGCUGGGAUACCCGGGAACGAGUGGAGCUAGUUACAUGGACUAUUUGGUGACCGACGCUGUGACGUCACCAAUAGAGCUGGCCAGUCAGUAUAGCGAGAAGCUGGCGUACAUGCCGGACACAUACUUCGUAGGGGAUCAUAAGCAAAUGUUCCCUCAUCUACAAGAACGUCUGAUACUGAGUGACAAGAUAAAGUCGCACAACAGUUUGGGGGGUCUGGCGGACAAUGUCGCGGUGAUCAACGCGACUGACUUGUCGCCGCUCGUGGAGAACACAGAUAUAAAGGAGAUCAAGGAGAUAGUGCGGGCGGCGCGACCGGUGGAGAUUUCGUUGAAGGUCGCCGAGCUGCCUACCACUACUCCCAUAGAGACUAUGAUUGCAUCGGGACAAGUACAGACAUCAGUAAACGGGGUAAUCCUGCAGAACGGUCUGGCAACAACCCAGACCAACAACAAAGCGGCCACUGGCGAAGAAGUGCCACAAUCCAUAGUAAUAACAACCCGCCAGCAGUACGGCUUGCCCGACGACGCGGUGGUGUACUGCAACUUCAACCAGCUGUACAAGAUAGACCCCCUGACGCUGCACAUGUGGGUGUACAUACUGAAGCACGUACCCAACAGUGUACUGUGGCUGUUGAGGUUCCCAGCGGUGGGGGAGCCUAAUUUGCAGUCGACGGCGCAGCAAUUGGGCUUACCCCCCGGCCGUAUAAUCUUCUCCAAUGUGGCUGCCAAAGAGGAGCACGUCCGGCGCGGUCAGCUAGCGGACGUGUGCCUGGACACGCCGCUCUGCAAUGGCCACACCACCAGCAUGGACAUACUGUGGACUGGCACACCCGUCGUCACUCUGCCCGGGGAGACGUUGGCUUCACGAGUGGCAGCAUCUCAACUGAACACACUUGGUUGUCCGGAACUCAUUGCAAGGACGAGGCAGGAAUACCAAGACAUAGCUGUAAGAUUAGGAACUGAUAGGGAAUAUCUCAAAGCAAUUCGCGCGAAAGUGUGGACGGCGCGCUCCGAGAGCCCGCUGUUCGACUGCAAGGCGUACGCCACCGGCCUGGAGAUGCUGUACGCCAAGAUGUGGGCGAGGUACGCGCGCAACGAGCGCCCCGACCACAUACAGGCCAUAGACAAAUAGACGCCGGCCGGCGAUGAGUGGACGUCUAAGAAACGCCGCUGGUGCUAAGUGAAGUGACAUGUAAAGUGACAAGUGAAGUGACACUCGAAGUGAUGUGAACCAAGUGUGGUGUUAUCUCAGACCAAUUGUAGAAGGACCAGUAUUGCACCUGAACUGACGAAGAAAAUUGUCUGUCAUUUUCUGAGGAAAAACGAUCUUAGAUUUGGUUUAUAUAUUAUGGAGCUCUUUAACCAACGAACAUAACUAUGAAACAUCAAAACUAUAGAGACAGUUUUUAUAUUUGCAUUAGAUCACUGAUCAUAUACUUUGACAGAAAAGUAACGUGUAGCGAAGCAGGUCCUAUACAAUAAUUGGUCUGAGGGUGUUAUUAAAGUUAUGUGAUUAUUGAAGCAUGAUGAUAAACUUGCCAUGUGAGUGAUUGGAAAUAAUAAAAUCUAGACGAUUAUAGGCUAUUUUGAGCUGAUUGCUAAUAUUAUUCAGCGAUUUAGGCUGUAUAUUCAUUUAGUAUGCAGUAUAUCCGUACUGUUGACGUCAUGGUUUUUGAAUUAAAACUUUGAAUUUUAAAUUGAAAGUGCACUGUUUUAAAUUUGAAACAGAUUUUUUUGUUAUGAAUUAUUUAUGAUUAGUGAAAUUCUGCAUUUGCAGAAAAUGUAGAAUCAAAAUGAGAUUGUAAAGUGAUUUAGAUUUGAUUAGAGGAGACUUCACUAACUAAAUAUGUUAAAUGAAAUGUCAAAAUCAAUAUUCAAAAUGGUUCUUACCUAUGCUAUAAAACAUGGUCACAAUAAUACCAGGGACUUACUGUUUAUAAUAACAGUUCAUGUAAUGUUGGUAAAAUUCAAAUGUACUUGUAUAACCAACUACUGUACUAUGUAUGGUAUUUUUAUGCCAAAUGAUAUUAAGCUCAAAUGGAGAUAGUUUGUGUCGUAAAAAUUAAAAAAAAACAUAUUAAAAUUUUGUCCUACUUAAGGACAUCUAAGAGAGUACUUAUGUAAUUUAUUUAUAAAAGUAACAUAGAUUUGAUAGAACUUUUUCAAUGGUAUUUGAUUAGACUGUAAUGUCUGUCAUGACGUGCUGAACAAAUCUCUAAACACAUUGAAGUCGUAGCUUCUAAUGCCUGUAAUUUAUCUGAUUCUACUUUUCACUGAUGGAAGGUUUUCGUAAGAUAAGGAUUCUAAGCCGCAAACCUUAGACUUGUAAUCAGGAGUAUAGUGUGACAUAAAAGAGUAGAAGUUCAUAAAAAUGGAACUAAUAAACUUGUGUGGCAACAUUAUCACAAAGAUCUGUCACUAUAGAGCAACCAAUUAUUAUUGAUAGUUUUUUUUAUCAGAUUAUUAAAAUAAUAGUGGAAUUUUAGAUAAUUACCAGACAAAUUACAAUAAUUAUCAUUUAUUUUGAUGAGAUUUUGACUUGAAUUUGUUUGAAUUUAAAAAAUCAAAUAUCUCAGUACCCACCCAUAAAACAUGAUAACUUCAGGGCUAGACAGUAAGUAUUUUCUAAAUAUAUUUAUUAAUUUAUGUAUAUUAAAUUAUAAUAUCAUUUUCAACUGAUCAUCUUAUUUAAAAUUAGAAUAUAAUAUUACCUAUGUAGAAAAUAAUAUAAAUUAUUAUCAAGUAUCAAGGUAGUUGCAUUCUCCAGUGGAUGACAACACAGGUUUACCAUAUGAACAACAGUGACUACAGCACACUCAUUUUCUACUCUUUUCUGUCGCACUAUAAUCACAAUCUUUAUGAUACUUAGCAAUAAUUGAUUUCAAAGCAACAUAAAGGGGCCUUAAUGUGUAAUUUUGCAAUAAGUAGCUUUUACUGAUAUUUUCACUUGAAUUAUAAAGUACUAUGAAUUCAAUGGUUAAAUUUUAUGAGACAAAUUAUAGUUGACUUAAUUAUUUCACUGUGUAAGAGUAAUUAUUUUGUUUACAAACGAAUUUUGGAUUGUGUAAUUAAAUAUAUAAAUAUAUUUGCCCCAAAGUAAUUUGUAUCCCAAGGACACAUUUUUUAUUUGUCCCAUCGUGAGAUACAAAGACUUUUCUAGCUUAUGUUAAAAAAUUACAACUUGCUCGUGAUGUUUUCAAGCAACCUAAUGUCCAGUUAUAAUAAAUUGUAAGUUGAAUUAAAGUGAAUUAAUAUGACAAUGCAGUUGUAUAGUUUAUUUUUCAAAUUGCUUUAACUGUUGAAUAGUUUAUUUAAAAACUUAUAGAUUGAAUGCUCUUGGUCUGUUACUUAAAGGCCAUACAGACUACUUUAGUAUUUUAGUCGAGUACGAAAAUUUUUGGAUUUAACGCCCAAAAAUUGUUUGUACUUGAUUGAAAUACUAAAGCAGUCCGAACCUGGACUUAGUGUUGCAGCUUAAAAUUUAAAAUUAUUGCAAUAAUUACAGAAAUAAUAAUGUUAUAAAGUAAUAUACAACUAUAAAGUAUUUAAUUGUAUAAACUUUUUUGUGUCAAAGGAUUUUUGGAAGGAUUGACAAAUCCUAGCAUUAUUAACAAUUUGUGUAAUUAUAUUGAAUGAAUUUAUUGUAUUUAGUCAGUUAUUUAUUUCUCCACUAGCAAUCUAAACUAAUUUAUUUAUUGUUUAUAAAAGGAAAGAUUUAAAACUUUAUAAAUCUUUUAGAAUAGUCAUGAAAUAUAAAACAUUAUGAACUCCUGGUAAGGAGCAGUGACCAAUAUGACCCCGCAAAUGAAGGGUAAAGUUUUCUCAAAAAAUAAACGUCAAACGAAAAUGCUCGUUUUUUAAAUAUCUAUAAAUGUUUCCAACUUUAGGGCACACGCCUUACCAGUCAAAAAAAGGGAUAAUUUUUUUGACUUUUGUCAUUUAUGAAAUGAAGUCUGCAGUUUAAAGUGAGAUUGUGGAUUACAUUUUAUUAAUUUUUGAUUUUACAUGUAAGGGGCCUCUGUAGUCCAGGGGCUCCGUAUCAUUGAUAUAACUGAUACGGCGGUAGGUACACCCCUGGUAUAGAGUAAAAUAUUAAAAGCAUAAAAUAAUUAUGAACAAGUUACUCUACAUGUUAUGAUAGUUCCUUAAUAACUGGUUAAUUAGUUAUACUUGUUGCAUUAUUAUUUAUUGGUAUAACUUAUUAAUAUCAUAAACAGAGUAAUGAACUUCACAGUUGAUAAUAAUAAUAUAUACUCAGAGGCACAAUUAUCCGCCCACUUUAAUAUAUAUAAUAAUAAUGAUAAUAUUAUUACUAUAAUAUAUUGGCGUAAUAUUAAAGAGGGCGAAUAUUUGUGCCUCUGAGUAUAUAUACAUUUAAGAUUUAAGUGUCUAGACAUCGCUUCUUUCAGUACCUGAUGAACAGUUUAACAUUAUGUAAUGAAACGUUUUCAUAAGGUCCAGAAGAGAUGAUGACAAACGAUGAAUUAAAGUAAUAAUAAAUCUCAAAAAUGAAUAAGCCUUUCGGAGGCUGCAGUUUUUGAAACUCCUAUGUGGAGAUUUUAGAAAAUUUGACAUGUUAUAUUGUACUGUAGUAAAUGGCAUACUUUAGAGUAACAAUGUUGCCAACAAGAUAUUUUUUUUUACUUACUUUAUUUAAUCUCGUGUCAUAAUAUUCCUAUUACGAAAUUAAAAUAAAUAUAUUGUAACAGCAUAAAUUAUUCACAUGCAUAUUGUAAUAAAUUAAGAAGUUAUUUUAUAACACUGCUCACUGGAAAGUGUGUUAUAAAAGAACUUUUUUACUAUACUCAGAGGCACAAUUAUCCGCCCACUUUAAUGUACUCGAAGCAUUUUAAAAAGGGCGGAUAAUUGAGUAUAUUAUAGCCCUGUUAGAUCUUUCUUUACAUACUUGUUUAUCCAAAUAACUCUGGUAAACAACUUGGCUUCACAGCCGUUUUGUCAUGUAUUUGUGUGAUAUUAUAUUAAGUUAAAUGCUUAAUAAAAUAAUUAUUAUAAGCAUUAAAUUUAAUUGUUAUUGACAUAAAUAUUAGGAAAGCUCCAUGUUAAAGAUAUAUUUUUAUCUGCUCAUUCAUGUAAUGAUUAGUGACAUUUUGCUAAUGCGAAAGUUGUGUAUACUAUGACAAUUUUUUCAUAAGUUGAUGAACAUUAUAAUGAUUUUGUUUUUUUUUUAUCAUCAAUUAACUUUUUUGCACAAUAGUUUUGUUUUGUCAACAGUACUUUUCUAAACAGUAUCAUUAGAUUUAGGAUUGUGUAUCCAAUAUCCAAUGUUCUCAUAGAAACUCUUUUUUGACUUAUGAAUGUAAAUAUUUUAACUUAAUGAAACUUAGUUCUAAAUAGUAUAAUGUAUUAAAAAUUGCAAUUAAAA